GAGAGGAGAAUGUUACAUGGUAACUCUGCCAAGCCUUGUGUUUUUAAAUUAUUCAAAUUAUAAUUACUAUAAUCUAUCUAUCUGCCUAUUUAUACACACACACACAAACACACUACAUUUGUGAGUGAUAAAAUUGUCAAGAAAAAGUGGCAUUUGUGAGAUAUAAAAGUCAAUUUCUGAGAUAUAAAUCCAUACAGAGUUCAUAAAGACUCUUUUUUUUAAGUGCAUCAUCAAAUUUAUUUAUUUUUCUGAGAUCCUUUUAUAAUAUGAGUUGAAAAAAUAUGCAUAAAUAAUAAACAAUUAAAUAUUUUAAUGGCCAUUUUUGUUAUAUUGUCUUACAGUUCUUUUUAAUUGCUUUGGUGCAAUUUUCACAAACAAAAACUCUUAGUAAUUUAUAUAUCACAACAGAUCAUAAAAAGUGCACUUUUUUCAAACAUUUCAGCAUGUCUUCAAUUAAUUAUUUUCACCUGAUGAUCACAAUUAGAUACCAUAUAAGUAGAACUGUGUGUGAGACUUUGCAGUGUUCAAACAUGGAGCAGGAUAGACUUGUAGACAGAGGAAACCUGCAUCGAAGAGGUGGUGGUGCUCCUCAACAGAGAGGUGGACGUGGACCAAGAGAAAGAGGUAAUGGUUCUCCUCAACGGAGAGGUGGACGUGGAGCAAUAGAAAGAGUUGGUGGUGCUCUUCAACAGAGAGGUGGACGUGGAGCAAGAGAAAGAGGUGGUGGUGCUCCUCAACAGAGAGGUGGACGUGGACCAAGAGAAAGAGGUGGUGGUGCUCCUCAACAGAGAGGUGAACGCAGACCAAGACAAAGAGGUGGUGGUGCUCCUCAACAGAGAGGUGGAUGUGGACCAAAAGAAAAAGGUGGUGGUGCUCCUCAACAGAGAGGUGGACGUGGACCAAGAGAAUGAGGUGGUGGUGCUCCUCAACAGAGAGGUGGAUGUGGACCAAUUGCUCCUCAACAGGGAG